UUUUUUCUCCUUUUUCCUAGCCCCCUCUUUUGUAUCCCAUAAAACUCUCCUUAUUUCUUUUUUCUUCUUCUUAAAAAAAAGGUAAAUCUAUAUCAACAUUUUUUUGCUUUUUCUUUCUUUAUGAACUCAACAAUGAAAAAUAUGGAAGGUGAUAAAACGAGACGUAAAAGACUCAAAGUCGUUAGUGCCUGUGGAGAAUGUCGCAGAAAAAAAACUAAAUGCAAUGGAGAAAAGCCCUGUGCUGGAUGUUUAAAGGCACGUGUAGAGUGUAAAUAUGUAAACUCAAACAAGUCAACACCAACGACAACGACAACCACUACCAUCAAUUCUGCAAUGGCUGUCAGCUCAAACAGCAAUGUGACUGAAGACCAUUUUAACAAACUUGUUUUAAAACCCUCUGUUGUCAGCCCUACAACCUAUAUGGAUAACAAUACGCUUAGCUCGAUUGAAUCUAUUGAGGAGCGCCUUAGGGCAAUUGAAAACAUUCUACGGGCUCUACUCGGUUCCGGAAAAAACAAGCACUUAUUGCAAGGAUUACAACAACAAAGAUCGGAACCCAUUAUUACUCCUAAUUUUGAACCGUCGGCCAACUCCGGUAAACUACCACAUUCCUCUUCUCUACUGGUUCAUUCCGAUACUACUACUACUACUACUGCUACUACUACUACUGCUACUACUUUAUGCGGGGAUAUGUAUUCUUCUCCUCGUCCAGUACAUGCUCCUCAUGUCCAAAAUAGGCUCAUACCACGGGAAAAGAGGCAGCGGCAUGAAGAAGAUGAAGAAGGUGGGACAGAAAAUAAGAGUAAAAGAAUGAUGACUCGGAAUGAUUUCGGUCACGGGUAUUGUUCUUCAUCAUCCCAUUUUAACAGCGAUAAGCUUCAGCUUGCACCUAUUAAAAUAAUCAAUCAUACGCCUACUAUCCGAAACUUGUUGAACAAUGAAGAAAAUGGUAAUCAUAAGCCACGCUGGUAUCCUUCUAGUAAGGUAGAAUCAUCAUCGUCAUCAUCAUCACCACCACUACCUAAUAUUGCUACUUCUAAUUCAUCCUCUGCGUUCUUUCGUAUUUCUUCUGCUCGAUUUCCAAACGAUAUCAUUGCUAAUAAUACUAAUAAUAAUAAUUCUGCUCCUACAGCAGCUGGAACUUCUUGAUUACACACAAUAAUAAAUUAUUUAUUAUGUCUUUGUACACUCCU